AUGUUUGAGUAAUGUUGCUACCCAAAGGAGAACGUUUCAAUACUUUAUUAAAUAUUCUAGGAUUUGAAAUAGUAAGGUUAAAUACAUGAGAGGGAAGAUCAAUCACAACAAAAAUAAGUUAUCUCAUCAAUAAAUAAUUUGGUUGUGCAAUUCUAAUAAGAAAAAGAAUUUAAAGUGGAUUAAUUUAAAAUUGCGCUAGAAUUAUUGAUGGACUUAAUCAAAAAAAAUGAUAAAUGCUAGAGGAAGAGCAUUUAGAUAAAAGCGUGGAAUAAUUAUGCUAAAAAAUUUAUCAAAGAAUAUGACAUAGUUGAACUCUAUCUAUAAUUUUUUUCAAUUUUUAAUCAUGAUUAGGAGGAUAUUGAAGAUGAAAUUAGCAUAAUAAUUGAAAUAUUUAAAUAUUAUACAAGUGACUAAGAACAUUAUUUAACGAUGAUAGAUUAAAUCUCUGAUUGGAGCUUCCAAAAUCCACAAUGGCUACUCCUUAUUGAUCAUUUAUGUUAAUUAAUUAUUGAAAAUAAUUAAAACCUAGCAAUUAAUAUAAGAACUCUAAGAACGCUUAAUUCACUAUUCCUUUAAAAUUCAAAUUUUAAAGUCAUUGAAAAAUAUGGAAUUAUUAGUAUUUCUUUUUUUAUAUUAGAUCAACUACAAAACAUAGUCUAUCUUCAUAUAGAUAAUUCGAGUCUAUGUGUUGAAGUGUUAAAGUUGCUGUCGAUCCUAGUUUAUAAGCAUGCUUAAGAAUUUCUUCAAAUUUUUGUAAAAUUUAAUUUCAUAAUUUCAAUCUUCAUUUAACAUUUAGAUAAUGAUUAAAUAUCUUUAAAUGCAAUCAGAAUUUUAGGAUGCUUUAUAAAUACAUAGGCUUUUAUAUAAGGAUUUAUGAAUAUGGAAAUUUUAAGAAUAUUUACUGAAUGGAGUUAAAAAAUCAAUUAAAACUUAAAAUUAUGCCAACUGAAAAAAACUUCAUUUAUAAUGCUAAUAAUUAUUGAACUUUUAAUUGAGGAAAAUAAAAUAUCGCAAUAAUCAAUAGAAGAAUACUUUAUAAAAUUUUGUUCAAAUAUAAUUGAAAAUCUAAUAAUUGAUGAGCAGAUUUGCACAAAGGUUUAUUAAAUCAUAAGCAAAUUGUUAACAAAUAAAAAAAUCGUAAAUUAAUUAUUUGAUUGCAAAACUUUAUAAUGUAUUACGAAUUCUAUAAUUGUGUAAAAGCACGAAAAAUCAUUUUAGUUAAUUAUUGUUUAAUUUCUCAAUUCAUUAAUUUUAAGUGAUAUAGAAAAGAUUGAUAUAAUAGUUUCAUCAACUAUUUCACAAUAGUUGCUUAUGUUCAUUUAAAACACAUAUGAUUAUGAUACAUAUUCUGAUCUAGAUAUCAAAAUAACUAUAGAGAUACUUUAUUAUAUAUAGUUAGUGAGUUAAGAUAGUAUUAAAUGCUCAGUAAUUUGGAGUACAGAUUGUAUUUAGAAGUUGUUUUACUAAAUUUAGAAGAGUUCAAAGAAAAUGGAGGGAAAACUGAUCGAAUUAUUUUUCAAUAUAUUAUCCAUUUAUAGUUAGCUUGAAAUGACUUAAGACUUCUUAAUAAAAAAUACAACUGCACUGUUAGAAAUCAUAGAAAAAAACAUUUUAAUUUUUGAAAUAUGUGAUGAUUUUGCUGUAAAAUUUGUUUAUUUAUACUAGAAUGUUCUAUAAAACCUCAUUAAUAGCCCUCAUAAUAAUGUUCAUCUGCUUAUUGAUUAAUAUAUUCCAUUGAGUCUAGUAAUAAUAAAAAACCAACCAGAAUAAUAAUCAUUGGUUCUUCGAUUUUUUGAUAUUUACGAAUAAAUCUCAAAAAUUGAUUUAUUUAUGCUAAACGGUCAUGUAAGAGUUCGAGCAAGAAAAAUUUAUUCAGUAAGGAAUUAGUAACUAAAUAGUCCUUAUCUCAAUACUUUGAAUGAAUAUAUAGGCCGUUGUUCAUUUUCUUAUCAAAAUUUGCUAACCAAAGAAGCAAGAGAUUAUUUGGUAAACGGUAUUCAUUGUAAAUUAUAUAAAGAUGAUGGAUCUGUUUCAAGUUUACUUGUAUUUAUCACUCCAGAUUUAGCAUCUAUUUGGUGUAAGCAUCAUGGUGAUUCAAACACAAAAUAGAAAUGGAGACUAGCAACCAAGCAUGUAAUUUCAAUUAAAGACUAUUUAAAUGAUGUAGAAGGAUGGAGGUUAUCACCUUUUAAGAAAUUUGGAAAAAAAAGUAAAAGUGUUUAUAUUUAAUUAGAAAUCGAUAUUAAUAACUGUUUUACAAUCACAGGCAACAUUAUUUUAAACAAGUAAAUAUAAUUGUAGAACUUCCAUAUUUGUGCUCCAACUGCUUUAGAUAAAUACAAGAUGUUUGAAUAUUUAAGGGCGCUUGUCUAAAUCAAUUGA